AUGGGCCGCACGCUGACCUAUCCCAAACGAUCCGCGAACACCGUCAAUCGCUACAAACAUAGAGCCACCUAUGAUCUCGAAGCCAUCCAUUCCAUCGUCAAUGUGGCCCCCGUGCUACACGUCUCCCUGGCCGACCCGUCGGAGCCCUUUCCCGUCCUUCUGCCCAUGAUCGGCCAUAUGGGAGACUUCCACCACCCCUCCUCAGGUCCCGAUGAGCCCCUCGAUAUAUAUAUGCAUGGAUACGUGAGUUCCCGUCUGAUGAACGAGGCUCGCUCCGCGGCCGCGUCAUCCCCGGAGGGCGGGCUCCCCGUGUCCAUAUGCGCGACGAUGGUCGACGGAAUCGUGCUGACCCUGACCCCCAAUUCGCACAACUACAACUAUCGCUCGGCCGUCAUUCAAGGAUACGCCCGGCCCGUAGAAGAUGAUGCCGAGCGGCUCUACGCAAUGGAGCUCAUUACCAAUUCCGUGGUUACAGACCGGUGGCGUCAUUCUCGGGUGCCCCCGGACAACGCUGAGAUGCAGUCGACGACUAUUCUGCGUGUCAAGGUAGUCAGUGCAAGCGGUAAGAUUCGUGACGGCGGAGUCACGGACUUGAAGAAGGACUAUGAGAAUGAGGAGGUGACCUCUCGUGUGUGGACGGGCGUCAUUCCCAUCUGGCAGACCAUGGGUGAGCCUGUUCCCAGUGCAGGCAAUCAAGUUACCCCGGUCCCGGAGCAUGUCACCUCGUAUAUUCGUGUUCGAAAUGAAGAGAGCGAACGAUAUGCGAAGAACGCGGUGACGGUUCCUUUGCCCAAGGAAGAGAUCCACUAG